AUGGAGGCUGCCGACGGGGCCCGACCCCGGGUGCUGGUGGUGGGCGCGGGGCUCGCCGGGCUCGGCGCUGCGCAGCGGCUCUCCAGCUCCCGAGCCUUCCCCCACCUGCGCCUGCUGGAGUCCACGGGCCGGGCCGGGGGCCGCGUCUGCUCCCAGCGAUUCGGGAGUGAAGUGGUGGAGAUGGGCGCACACUGGAUCCAUGGACCCUCCAAGGAGAACCCUGUCUUCCAGCUGGCGUCUGACUACGGGCUGCUGGACGAGGAAGCCAUGUCCGAGGAGAACCAGCAGAUCGAGGUGGGGGGCCACCCCCUACUGCCCGCGGUGUUCUACUCCAACGCGGGGCGAGUCCUGAGCCCAGAGCUGGUGGAGGGGGUGAGGAACCUGUUCUCCACCCUGCUGGACCAGACGCGUGAGUUCCUGCACGUGCCACAGGUCUCUGUGCCCAGUGUGGGCGAGUAUCUGCGGAAGGAGAUUGCCCAGCAGGUGAAGGAGUGGACGGAUGACGACGAAACCAAGUGGCUGAAGCUGGCCGUCCUCAACACGUACUUCAAGCUGGAGUGCUGUGUGAGUGGGACCCACAGCAUGGAUCACGUGGCGCUGGGGCCCUUUGGGGAGUACACCAUGCUCCCCGGCCUGGACUGCACCUUCCCUGGCGGCUAUGGAGGCCUGCCGGACUGCAUGCUGACCUCGCUGCCCAAGGAGAGCGUGCUGUUCCACAAGCCAGUGAUGGCGGUUCGCUGGGGCGGCUCCUACCGGGAGGAGAGCCAAGAGGGGCGGACGUUCCCGGUCCAGGUGGAGUGUGAGGACGGCGAGAGGUUCCUGGCAGAUCACGUCAUCAUCACGGUGCCUCUAGGGUUCCUUAAAGAGCAUCACGAGACCUUUAUUGACCCUCCGCUGCCUCCCCGGAAAGCAGACGCCAUUAGACAGCUGGGCUUCGGGACGAACAACAAGAUCUUCCUGGAGUUUGAGCAGCCGUUCUGGCCACCGGACUGCCAGCUGAUCGAGGUUGUCUGGGAGGAUGAGUCUCCUCUGGUCGAGGCUGGGACCGACCUGCAGGCCAGCUGGUUCAGAAAACUUAUCGUCUUCUUGGUCCUCCAGCCGCCGGAACGGUAUGGGCACGUCCUCUGUGGCUUUAUUGCUGGGAAGGAAUCUGAGUACAUGGAGACCCUCAGUGACGCUGCAGUUCUUACGGCCUUAACUGAUGUCAUCCGUAGACUGACAGGGAACCCUCACCUCGCCCCGCCAAAGAAGGUGAUGCGAUCUCAGUGGCACAGCGCUCCCUACACCAGGGGCUCCUACAGUUACGUGGCCGUCGGCAGUUCAGGAGAUGAUAUUGAUGCACUGGCUCAACCCCUUCCCGAGGAUGCAGCUGACCCCCGGCCGCAGCAGGUUCUCUUUGCUGGAGAAGCCACGCAUCGGACUUUCUACUCCACUACGCAUGGGGCCCUUCUGUCGGGUUGGCGGGAGGCCGACCGUCUGCUCAGCCUGUAUGACACGUCUGAAUCCCACCAGCACAAGCCUCGGCUCUGAUACCGCUUGCUCGCUUCUCCCUGCUGCCGGGAUGUGGUGGCUUCUGGUUUCCAGCUCGUUCCUCAACCUCGUUGCCAAGGGAAAGGGGUUAGUUUGUCUCUAGCCGGCGCGCCCGCUCUUUGUGGCUUGUCUCUCUGAUCUCCCUGCGAUCAGACUAAAGGCAAGGUAGCUGUAGGCUUGAAACCAGCACUGGGAGCUGCAGCACCCACACGGACGAGGGGGACUGGGGAAUUGAAACGUCACCUAACUAUGCAAUGGAGUGCUGUCAGUAGUAACAAGUAAAUCUCUAUUGUUAGGG